AUGGGACGACGCAGGCAGGAGAGGCUUGAGGAGUUGUCUAAUACGGAUCCGGAAUCCACAACAUCACUAGACAUCAAAGAAUGCAUGCUGGAAGUGCAGGGAAUGUCAGUAGGAGAGCUUGCUGCCGAAGAAAACCACCUUAGUGGAUUGGCGGUCCUCCGUGACUUUUGUAUCAUAGAUCUUGAGGAACAAGGGAAGGAGGUAGAAGAGGUGAUAGAAGCGUUGCAAUAUUGA